GGUGGCGGCGGCUGUCCGCGCCCCUCCCCCGCGAGGCUCUCAGUGCCAGGCGGGAGGCGGUAGCGGUUGGAAGGUUCGCCGGGCUUUGCGGCGGGGACUUCGGCGGCGGCGGCGCCUCAGGCACCUCGGCCCUGACACAAUGAGGCGAGUGGUACGACAGAGCAAGUUUCGGCAUGUAUUUGGACAAGCGGUGAAAAACGACCAGUGUUACGACGACAUCCGGGUUUCUCGAGUGACCUGGGACAGUUCCUUCUGCGCUGUCAACCCCAGAUUUGUUGCCAUAAUCAUAGAAGCGAGCGGGGGAGGAGCGUUCCUUGUGCUCCCUUUACACAAGACUGGUCGAAUUGACAAAUCCUACCCGACAGUAUGUGGCCACACAGGACCAGUGUUGGACAUAGACUGGUGCCCACAUAAUGAUCAGGUCAUCGCCAGCGGAUCCGAGGACUGCACGGUGAUGGUGUGGCAGAUCCCAGAGAAUGGACUCACCCUUUCCCUGACCGAGCCCGUGGUCAUUUUAGAAGGCCACUCAAAGAGAGUUGGCAUCGUGGCCUGGCACCCGACGGCCCGCAACGUGCUUCUCAGCGCAGGUUGCGACAAUGCCAUCAUCAUCUGGAACGUGGGGACGGGAGAAGCCCUUAUAAACCUGGACGACAUGCACUCGGACAUGAUCUACAACGUGAGCUGGAACCGGAACGGCAGCCUGAUCUGCACAGCUUCCAAGGACAAGAAAGUCAGAGUGAUUGAUCCCCGGAAACAGGAGAUCGUCGCUGAGAAGGAGAGAGCGCAUGAAGGAGCACGUCCCAUGAGAGCCAUCUUUCUGGCCGACGGCAACGUCUUCACCACUGGUUUCAGCCGCAUGAGCGAGCGGCAGCUGGCCCUCUGGAAUCCGAAAAAUAUGGAGGAACCAAUUGCUCUUCAUGAAAUGGACACUAGCAAUGGGGUGUUGCUGCCUUUCUAUGACCCCGACACCAGUAUCAUUUACUUAUGUGGGAAGGGCGACAGCAGCAUUCGCUAUUUUGAGAUCACGGAUGAAUCCCCAUACGUCCACUACCUCAACACCUUCAGCAGCAAGGAGCCUCAGAGAGGGAUGGGGUACAUGCCCAAGAGGGGGCUUGACGUUAACAAGUGCGAGAUCGCCAGAUUCUUCAAGCUCCAUGAGAGAAAGUGUGAGCCUAUUAUCAUGACUGUCCCCAGGAAGUCUGACCUUUUCCAAGAUGACCUGUACCCUGACACGGCGGGGCCCGAGGCAGCACUGGAGGCCGAGGAGUGGUUCGAGGGGAGGAAUGCAGACCCCAUCCUCAUCUCCUUGAAGCACGGGUAUAUUCCAGGCAAAAACAGGGAUCUCAAGGUGGUCAAGAAGAACAUUCUGGACAGCAAGCCCACGGCAAACAAGAAGUGUGACCUGAUCACUGCCCCCAAGAAAACCGCAGACGCGGCCGGCGUGCAAAAUGAAGCCAAGUUGGAUGAGAUUUUAAAAGAGAUCAAAUCCAUAAAAGACACAAUCUGCAAUCAAGACGAGCGCAUUUCCAAGUUAGAACAGCAGAUGGCGAAGAUAGCAGCCUGAAGGUGCGCCCCCGCCCCAGGGGAGCAGGACGGCGCUGGCUGGCGGUCGGUGUGGUCCCAGGGAGGGCGAGAGGGAGGCACUGCCGUUCAGGCUGGCUGCCAGCCAUAGGCCACAUUCCAGUAAGACUCAAUUCGUCUCCCAAAUUUGCAGAAACAAAAUGUGAUUUAAAAGCUGAGCUUUUUACCAGAAAGCUUUUUUGAUGUUUUAAGUGUUCUGUGACUUAUCGAAACUUUAAAAGACAAAAGUGCUACUUUGGAAAUCCCAGAUAUUCUGAAUUUUAGAAAACCAGUCGAUCCUGAUGCAGUGUCCUGCCCGAGUACCUUUUUUUUCCCAAACAAACAGGGACCAAUGCCACAUUGCUUUUUUACAUUUCUUUUUUUUUUAACGUUGCCAAAACCAAAAGUAGCUUUUUUUUCCCCUUUGUAUUUUGCUACUUUGCAGUAUUUGUGCGUGGAGUUUUUUUUUCUUAAUUUGAAAGGGACAGCACUGUGUAUGUUUAUAAACUAAAUGAAGAUAAGAUAUUAUUUUGUAUAAACAUUCAUCUGAGAACAAUCAGAGCAGUCGCCAUGUCGUGCGGGCUUCUUUGCAGCACAAACCUGGUCAUCAGAAUGACUGCGCAAAAGGAAGACUUGAAAAAUCACGUGGAUUUGUGUCACCACCUCUCUCCUUUCGUUGAGUCUUCUGAUCAAAAAAAGCUCACAUCGAAUUGUUUCCUUUCUCUUUUCUAGAAAUUGGGUGGUUGUACCAGAAUGGAAUUUUGCCUCUUGGUUUUAUCCUGUGCUUCAGAUGAUUAUAAUCUAACCUAAACUA